AUGAAUACAAUUCUCAUACAAGUGUUGGGGUUCCUAAGCUCCACUUUUGGUUGGUUUUUUGUGAGCUCCACAAUGGCAAUGGACUACUGGAGAGUUAGCUACAUUGGUGGACAAGGAGGAUCUUGGAUCAUAAAGGCUGCAUGGUACUGGUCCACCCUCUGGAGAGACUGCUAUAUAGACUCCACUUCUGUGGCCAACUGCAGGGACUAUGACACUCUCUGGAUUGUGAGACCUGCAAAUUGGGCUGAACAGGGGUAUAUAAGGGCCGUACGAGCUCUGUUGUUGUUCAGCAUGUUUGUGGGACUUUUUGCUGCUAUAUUUAGCUUUAUUGGGAUGGACUGCACAUACAUUGGUGGAAAGGAGAAAACCAAGGACAAAAUAUUGGUCAUAGGAUCUGCUCUUCAUUUUGUUGGAGGUACGGCAUGCCUUGCUGCCUACAGCUUAUUCACUGUAAGAUUGGGAAGAGCAGCAUUUGCACCUGUGCCCAACAGAGGUAUUCUAAGGUAUGAAAUAGGGCCUCCAGUAUACUUUGGUUUGGUGGGCAGUGUUUGUAUAAUCCUGGGAUCUAUAAUGUAUGCUGUGACUCUUUACAGGAUUUUCAUACCAAAGAGAAAUGUGGACACAGCAAAAAAGCAAACUGUUUCUAAAUCUAAAGCUCUUUGGAAGAAAAGUAAAACAUUAUACAAGGGAGACAGAGAUGAUGCUGUAUCGACCCAAUCACGAUCCUCAAGUCCUUCUAGCCUAACAAGCAGUCAAGAGUCAAGAAGCUCUAAAAUUAUAGAAGUGUCUGAAAGAGAUUCUUUUGUGUAA